GUUUUGAAUUUAUUAGCGGAAAAAUUCCCCAUUGUGACUAAUUCGAAAGGAUAUCGACUUCUGCCCUCUUACUUGAGAGUGAUGCAAGGCGAUGGUAUCAGCUAUGAAAGUAUUGAAAAGAUUCUGGAUGCAGUCUCACGUAGCAGGUGGAGUGUAGACAAUAUUGUUUUUGGCACUGGAGGAGCUUUGCUGCAAAAACUAGAUCGUGAUACUCAGAAAUGCGCGUUUAAAUGUUCCCAUGUUGUAAUAAACGGUGAAAGCCGGGAUGUUUGGAAAAGUCCAACCACAGACGCUGGAAAACAGUCAAAACGUGGGCGACUAACUCUGGAAAGGAGAGAGGAUGGGCGGCUUGUCACAGUUGAAAAAGGACAGGGCGAUGUGUCCAAGGUAUUCAAUGAUUCGUGCAUUUGCGUGCAGCAUGAUUAG